GCAGGGGGCCGCCAGGGGUGGGCCGGCUCAAACCCCCCUGCCGGGGCCCCCACUCCCCCUCUCCGCAGGGCUUCUACUCCUGAAAGGCAGCUCAACUAAAAAGUGUGCUCUGAGACAGAGUGGGCGCCUCGACAGGGGCUGCACUGCAAAAACACAGAGGGGGGGGAAGAGGGUUGAGAGAGAACGAAGGGGAGCGAGAGAGUCGGGGACGGCGCUAGAAAAGGAGAGCACAAAGAGGAGGAAAGUGAAGCGAGGGAGGGGAUUUGAAAGCUCGGGUGAAGGGGAAGAGAGGGAGAGGGAAAGACAAAAGAAAGCGAGGGAGACGAAGUAGGAGCAGGGGGAAGCGAGGGGACGGCGCAAAUGGCUACGGAGGACACGGCGGGGGGAGCGCGCAAAGCCACCAAGAGCAAACUGUUUGAGUUCCUGGUCCAUGGAGUGCGUCCUGGAAUGCCAUCUGGAGCUAGGAUGCCCCACCAGGGUGCCCCCAUGGGCCCCCCCGGCCCCCCGUACAGUGGGAGCCCUGCGGUGCGGCCCGGCCUGCCCACCCCGGUCAUGGAGCCCAGCCGCAAGAGACCUGCCCCCUCCCAGCAGAACCAGCAGCAGCAGAAUGUACAGAACCGGGCCAGAAAGAAGCCAGUGGGAUUCCCUGGAGCCAAUGAGAUGCCAGCGAGGCAGAUGGACAUGAGAGAUGCCCAAUCAGAUCCAACGCUCGGAUCAAACGCCAAGAGAAGGAAAAUGGCAGACAAGAUUCUCCCACAGAGGAUCCGUGAGCUGGUCCCUGAGUCACAGGCUUACAUGGACCUGCUGGCCUUCGAACGUAAACUGGACCAGACCAUCAUGCGUAAACGGGUGGACAUCCAGGAAGCCCUGAAGAGACCCAUGAAGCAAAAGCGAAAGCUGAGGCUGUACAUCUCCAACACCUUCAACCCUGCUAAGCCCGACGCUGACGACUCGGAUGGCAGUAUUGCAUCAUGGGAGCUGCGGGUUGAGGGGAAGCUACUGGAUGAUCCUGGGAAGCUGAAGAGGAAAUUCUCCUCUUUCUUCAAGAGCCUGGUGAUCGAGCUGGACAAAGACCUAUACGGUCCUGACAACCACCUUGUAGAGCUGCUGACCAGUAAAGCGAAGCGAUUCAGCCUUCCAAAAGACAACAUACUCAAAGGGUCGAGAGCAAGGCUGCUCGUUGAAAGUUGGCACCGCACUCCCACCACCCAGGAGACGGACGGCUUCCAGGUGAAGCGGCCAGGGGACGUGAGUGUGCGCUGCACACUGCUGCUAAUGCUGGACUACCAGCCCCCCCAGUUUAAACUGGACCCUCGUCUGGCUCGGCUGCUGGGUAUCCACACCCAGACCCGCUCCUGUAUCAUCCAGGCCCUGUGGCAGUAUGUCAAGACCAACAAGCUGCAGGACUCCCAUGACAAGGAGUACAUCAACUGUGACAAGUACUUUCAGCAGAUCUUUGACUGCCCGAGGCUCAAGUUCUCGGAGAUCCCCCAGCGUCUCACCAACCUCCUCCUGCCCCCUGACCCCAUCGUCAUCAACCACGUCAUCAGUGUGGACCCUAAUGACCAGAAGAAGACGGCAUGCUAUGACAUUGACGUGGAGGUGGAGGACCCCCUGAAGAGCCAGAUGAGCAGCUUCCUGCUCUCCACCGCCAACCAGCAGGAGAUCGCCUCAUUGGACAACAAGGUGGGACAACCACACAGGAAGGAUAGCCAAUCACAAUUACCCAAGAUGACCUUAAAGAUCCAUGAGACCAUUGAGUCCAUCAACCAGUUGAAGAUCCAGAGGGACUUUAUGCUCAGCUUCUCCAGGGAUCCUAAAGGCUACAUCCAGGACUGGCUCAAGUCCCAGAGCAGAGACCUGAAGAUGAUGACAGACGUGGUGGGGAACCCAGAGGAGGAGAGGAGGGCGGCGUUUUACCACGAGCCCUGGUCCCAGGAGGCCGUCAGUCGCUACUUCUACUGCAAGAUCCAGCAGAGGAGACAGGAGCUGGAGCAGGCCUUGGCCGUGAGGAACACCUAAACGCCAUCUCGGACGUCAUGCUGCACUCUUCAUCUGACCCCAGACCUGUGUUUGUUAUUUGUUUUGUUGCUUUCUUCACAUUACUGUAGCACUGUGACCCGUGGCCUCUGACCCAUCCCCAAUCGCAUG